AUGCAACCACAGGAACAGAGCGGUGCGCGUCUGCGCCAUCUGAAUCCACUUAGGCUGUUUCAUGGCAACUUUUCCUACCAGCAGCUUCCCUCAGACAGCCGCAACACCUCACCCUUCACAUUGCAGCCUCUCAAGCGGGUCCGAUGGCCGUCACCGAGACGCGCUGGCGAGGCCAUGCGCUCAGUUCGCUGGUCUCCGCUCCGCAUUCUCCUUUGGGCAUUGACCUCGCUUCUUGUCUUGUUAAUGCUCAUUGCGAGUCGCCAUCAUAAAUUCAAUCCUCCUCCAGAGCCCGCAAAUCCGGAUCCGGCAGCCGAAAAGCCUCCGGGUUAUCCCUGGGAGGAAUANUUUCCCAACCGUUACAAUCGAUCCCCGCCAGAUGGUGUCGUUGACAGCAACGAAGCUCGCGGCCUUCCCAAGCAACCAGCUUUCGAGCCCAUCAAGUUGAACCCCUAUCCCGAUUACAGCUCGUACGAAUACACGCAAAAGCAUGGAAAGGUCGAGACGUGUUACAUGGACGAUGAGGACAAGGUCGAGGUGCCUGACGUUUACGUCUACCCCGGCCUACCCAGAAACUUCCCUGCUCCCUUCUUCGGUACACACAAGGAGCUUGGUAUCAGAGACGAUGUCUGUUACGAUAGAUAUGGCAGACUCGGUCCUUACGGUUAUGGUUACAAUGCUACCGCUGGUGGUCUUGGUCCUGGUCUCGACUCGGAAAACGUCGGUACUGACAAGCUUUUCGAGAAGAUGGGCACAGUCGACUAUUCCAACGUCAACUGGGGCAAGGCCAUGAAGAAGUGCCAUGACAAGAACAAAGCUCGUUUCGAGAACAAGGAUGCUCACCGCAAGGUUGCCCGUCAUGCCUACAUUCUUCGCAUCUGGACCGGUUACAACUUCAACUACAACCAGCUGUACUCUCUUCGCGCUAUGAUCGCUGAGCUCUCGCUCAAGUCUGGCGGUGAAUAUGAUGUUUUCUUCCUUCUGCACGUCAAGGAUGAGACUCUCCCCAUCUGGGCCGAUAAGAGUGUAUACCAGAAGGUCAUCGAACAGAACAUGCCCAAGGAAUUCUGGAACAUGACUGUUCUCUGGUCCGAGUCUCAAUUGCUCAACUACUACCCUCCUCCUUUCGCUGAGCCUUUCGAGAAUCCCUCUGGACAGAGUGUCCACGGUGUCUACCGUUCUGCUCACUUUGCUCUGCAAUGGUUUGGUCAACAAUACCCCGACUACGAUUACUACUGGAACUGGGAAAUGGACCUCCGCUACAACGGACACUACUACGAAUUCAAUACUGCUAUUGGUGACUGGGCUCGUAAACAGCCUCGCAAGGGAAUGUGGGAGAGAGCCGAAAGAUUUUGGAUGCCCGAACUGCACGGUACCUAUCAAAACUUCACCGACAUGGUCGAGCAUGAGACCCGCGAGGAUGGCAAGACUCCUGUAUGGGGCCCUCCGGCUUUCCAAAACGAUGGUCUCACUCCCUCUCCUUCUGACACUACUCCUCCCAUGCCAUACGACAAGGAUGAUUUCAAGUGGGGAGUUGGCGAAGAAGCUGAUCUUAUCACUUUCAACCCAAUCUUUGACCCCAGCAAGACUAACUGGGUCUUCCGUUUGGAUGCAACUGGUUACAAUCUCAAGAUGCCCCCUCCGCCUCGUCGCUGCGCCAUCAUCACAGUCUCCCGCCUUUCCAAACGCCUGAUGGACAUCAUGCACGAGGAGACUUGGAAGUACCGCCACACCAUGUUCCCCGAGAUGUGGCCUGCGUCCUGCGCUCUGCAACAUGGCCUGAAAUCUGUCUAUGCACCACAACCGGUUUAUUUCGACCGUGACUGGGACCUUGAGUACAUGGACAGAAUGUUCAACCGUCCUCGUAUCGAUGUCGACAGUCCUUUCGGCUGGGGUGAGCACAACUUCAUCGGCAGUUCCUUCUAUUACAACUCCGGCUUCAGUGGUGCUCUCUGGCGCCGCUGGCUUGGUCUCCGCGAGAACAAAGAGGGAGGUACCAGAGAUGAACAGACUGGUACUGGUCGCAUGUGCAUGCUCCCAUUCCUCGGACAUCCGAUUAAACACGAAAUUGGGGAAGCAGUCUGA